UACAUGACAUGAGCUUUGCUGAGGAGGACAUGGAGGGAAAUAGUUGUAAUGACCCCUUGAACAGUGUAAAUGACUCGGCAGAUGAAGGUUCUCCUUCCUUCCAUGAAAAAGAUGACGAUGGAGAGACGGACGAUAGCUCUGAUGAAGAGGAUCGUCCACCAAAUUGUAUAGGAUUGGGUGGAACAUUGAAGAAAGGACCAACACGAUAUCGAAUUAUUAGAAUAGGCGGGACUGCGCAUGACAACCCUGCACGUGAAAAGCUUCCCACUGAGCCGUCCCCCUGUAAUCCGGCACCCGUUUUCCCGGGAAAAAAACAUGUGCUUAGUGAAGAUGACAUCAUAGGUGCCCGAGCUUCAAUAGUAUACGAGAACUGCCUUAGACAACUGGCAACGUUUCUGAUCCUGCCUGUGGGUAAAUGUAAACGCCUUUUGACGACCGGUGUCAUGUGCAAUCAAGACGCCCCCUUUGAGAUCAACAUCACGUCCAAGGGCACAGCUACGAGUAUCGAGUGGAUCUGCCCCAACGGACACAGCUUGUGGAGUUGGAAUUCUCAGCCCGUCAUGAAGUUUGGGAUGCAGGCCGGAGAUUUUCUGUUGUCUACCAACAUUUUUUUGUCCGGCAACACUUACGCAAAGGUCGCCCUCUUGUUCAAAUAUAUGAACAUGGGGAUGGUGAGCAAAAACAGCUUCUACUCCAUUCAGGACAUGUACGGCAUCGACCCAGUUAAGGAAUUAUGUGAAAAGAGGAGGACCGAGGCCCUCGAUCCCCUUCAAGAGAAGGAUGUCGUGGUGCCAGAGAUCCCACAGCAGCCUGUGUGUAAGGAAGAGGAACAGGACGAAGUUCCUGUUGACCAGCAGCUCCAUAACCAGGUGAGCAACUCCGGUCUGCAUCAAGAGGAGCCAGAGUCUCCACAGAUUAAAGAGGAACAGGAGGAACUCUGUGUCAGUCUGGAGGGAGAACAUACUGUAGCAGGAGAUUGAAACUUUUUAUGUCGACUCCCGCUUGUGAGGAUAGCGACAACAGUGAAGAUCAGACUCUGGAUUUGAGUCCUGAUGAAAAUCAAGAGCCCAGGAGAGACAGAACAUUGCAGUUAAAAUCUCAGUGGUAUCCGAGCCAAACGGGGACGAACAGCUCCUCUCUCAAAACUCUCCUAUCGCUGAGAGCCGAGAUCAUAAAGGAAGCAAACGCGGACACUCGGGAUCAAGUCUUUAAUGUGACACUUGUGGGAAAAGUCCAGAUUCCACACACAGCUGAGAGUCCACACAUCCCCUGCAACACCUGCGGUAGAAGUGAAGUCACACAAGGACACACACACACAGAAGCUUUACUCAUGUAACACGCUGUGAGCUUAGCGAAUUAAAGGUGCAAUUAAAGGUGAGAGUCCUGCAACACCCGUGAGAAAAGUUUCAGAUGACCUUCUUGAAAAAACAGAGAAGUACACUCACAGGUGAGAAGAUACAGACACAGGCGAGCAGCCACACACAUGUAACACUAGCGGGGGAAAAGAUUCUGUAAGCAGGCAGCAAUAAAACUACAGAUGAGAGUCCACACAGGUGAGAAACUGUGUCGUUGCAAAACUCGUAGAAGGGAUUUCAAACUCGGACAUGACUUCCACAUAAGCGAGUAGCCUUCUGUUUGUGAAACACUGGAGAGAUUCAGUUUGUGAAUCACGGAUAAAACACAGAACGUGUAACGGCGGCACAUGUAGAAGAAAACGAUCCAUAAUUGAGCUGAAACUCUUGUACGAAAGUGUCCACAAAGUGAAUGAAAUACACUCUUCUAAUAGCAACACUUUGUAAAGUAUGAGGUCCCAAUUAACAGUAUGGAAGUUGUACACUGUCAAAAUGACUAUCAAGUUGUUGUUUUUUCCCUUCAUAUUACUGUGUUACUUAUUUUACUGUUAGUAACACUUUGACAGUUCUGGUUUAAUGUCGACGGUGCUAAUUCUUAUAGUUUCAAUAAACAAGGAGCUUUAUUUAGUUCAGAGUGAUCCACGUACUCCGAGCAGAUUUCCAGGAAAUCAAGGUUUACAUUUGAUGUUGACAUCUCUGUUUUAUUUCACUGUACAAUAAGUUGCAUUAAGUUUGAAUUUGUCUUGGAUAGGGCUGCACGAUAUGGACAAAUUAUCGUAUCUCGAUGUUGAAGACAAAUAUCUCGAUAUCGAUAUGAUAUAAGAUAUGACUAUGAUUUCCCACUUGUUUGAAAUUUAAAGUGUAGCAACAGUGAAAAUUAAGCAUUCUUAAACAAAACAGCAUAAUAAUACUAAAUGGACAUAGUGCAGUUACUCAAGAAAAAUUGUUUAUUAAUCACCACAGACCAAUAACUGUCUUAAGCUACAUUGAAAUAAAAACAAUUCUACAAACUCUAAUUUGUAACAAUGCUUUAACAAAUUUCAAAUGUAACAACAGUGAAAAUUAAGUCUUUGGCUGCAUUAAAAUAAAUACAUUUAAAAUAAUAAAAUAUAUUAGGGGGAACAUUUGACUGAAUUGAAUUAUAUCUACAUAUCGAUACGAUAAUGAUAUGUCUUUUAGCCCUAUUCUUGGAUAAAAUAACUUAGCAACAGAGCAGGGUUGUGAUCUACUAUACUGAUGUCAUUUCUUUGUUUAUUGUCAGUAUGUUCCCAAACUUGGGCUGUUGGGUUCUGUUAGUUUCUACAAAUGUUAAUGAUUGACCUGUUAAAUGUUUUUCACUACCUCAGUAAUGUGACAGAUGGUGAGCUUCUCUGAUGCCAAAAUGAGAAAAACGUCAAGUGCUGCUGGCUUAAUUAAGUUCAUACCGUCUGUUUUGUUCUGUUUUAAUCAUUUUUAUUUAUUUUUUAUGCCCCUAGUUUAACUUGGGUGAUGUACUGGUGUUGUCAACACAUUUUAUUAACAAUAAAAUAUUUUUUCACGACUCCCUUUCAGACUGA